AUAUUAUUAUUAGUGGAGAAAAUCAUACAUCACUCUCUGAGAUGAGGUUUUUCCGGAAGACGUGAAAAUGAAAGGUCAUAAGUAAGUAGAGGAGACUUUAAUUAUACCGUUAGUAAUUUAUGAAACCACCCAGAAGAUGGCAGUAACUCCAAAAAAAGCGGAUGUAAACUGCCGGCGAAGCAGAAAAUGAAGACGCACCAUAACAGUUCGCAGGAGAGCCUCAAUCCUCCGGAAAAAAUUCUCUACUUGUUAGCUGUCACGAACAGCUAAGUGCUACAUGUGUCUCAUUCCACCGUCUCCACCGUCCUUUGAAGAAUGGCCAGUUUUGCUCCAGAGGCAGUGGGUAUCGAUCCAGGCCUCCUUAGACACCAACUGCAUGAACUAUGGACUGCCAAACAAUUAGAGACGCUGCAUUUGGAAGCUUACAAAGGUUUCUCAAAUCUGGCUGAUCCCCUGGAGGCAUUACUUACAAUCCUGGAGAAAUGUCCCGUCAAACAGAAGGGUUUGCGCCAUGCUUUUGGCCUUUGGAUCAUCAAGGAAUUCCAUCAGUGGAUGAAGGAUAACCCACAGGUAGAUGCUGUGACCCUUGCUUCGCUCCCUGCAGAACAUGCACUGGCACUGCAAGAUCAGGCACUGAACAUGAUUUCUGACAUCCCGCCCAACGUCAUGGAAAAUCUAGUGAACAUUUACCAGCUUGGAUCUGUGGAUGCAACCGUAGUGCUUUCUCACAUAAACAGAUUACAGGCCCUUAAAUAUUAUAAAGAAGCCGCAGUGCUUGCCACAAAACUAAAACUACAGAAUGAGCUGAAUGUAGAGGAGAUAUGUACACCACUCAUACUACAAGAUAACCUGGGACUGGUUGAGUCGUUUGUCACCGGCCACCCACAACUGCAAGAACAACUGGUGAAGCUGCUGGACUCCUGGUGCCAUCCCCUGUUCUCAGCAGAAGACUUUAGCAUGCAGUAUCCUCACCUUUGCACAUCGAAACAGCAGCUAGACAAGAUCCAUCCGAAGAUCAUUGCAAAGCAUGUCACCAGACUUAAGGAGAAAUUCAACAUUGAUGAAGCUUUGUGCCCCAAUACGCUGAACAAGAGGAGACGACAGACUCUGAGUUUCCUCAUGUUCAAGAGGUUUGAAGAGAAAAGCAUAUCUGAGGAAAUCUGGGAGGAACAUGUGGAGCUCAUAGUUGCAGAUGACCCAGAACUGCACGUCCAGCUGGUGUUCAUGCUCACCAAACAUGGCAAUUUCGUUGAAGCCUCCCGGUGGUCACUGAGAUAUUGUAUACCAAGAGACAAACUUCCCUUUGGGGUAUGGGAAACACAGCAAGCACUACAGGCCGAUGGCAGGCAAAAUGAUGGGAACAAUACGGAAGAGUGGGUGCCACCCAAGCCUCACAAGUUUUACCAGUUCCCUCUCACCAGGGAGAGCGUGCUCUUCAUUGAUAAACCAGAAGAUCUUUGGAGAUGCCAAGAUGCUGUGUUCAAGAAAGGCAGCAUUGUGGGUGUGGAUAUGGAGUGGCAGCCCAAGUUCGGCUGCAUAUCCAGCCAGAACAUUGCAGUGAUACAGCUGGCAGUUUUGGACCAAGUUUUUUUAUUGGAUCUGUGUGACCUGAACCUCUGGAAGCACCCAGGCACCUCUUGCUUUAUCAGGAAGCUUUUUGGUGACCAAAAUGUUCUCAAACUGGGUUAUGGUAUGACAAAUGACUGUAAAUGCCUCAUGGCCACAUGGCCUGAGUUUGCAGACGACCCACUGAUCAUGAAGGGGGUGGUAGAUCUCCUCAAUAUACACCAAAAGAUGCAACGAAGUGGUGUCAGAGGCACUGCUACUGGUCCCAAAGAGGUGUUGGUAGGAGAGGGCUCUGCAGAGAAAGGCCUCAGCCUGUUAGUGCAACAGGUCCUGGGAAAGCCCCUGAAUAAGACUGAACAGCUGUCCAACUGGGAGAGGCGACCUCUACGCACCAGCCAAAUUAGAUAUGCAGCGGCAGAUGCCUAUUGUUUGCUAGAUGUAUACUUGGCCCUCUCCAGAGACCCAGCUCACUUUGGUCUGCCAGCUGACCUGCUCUCCAUCUCUGCUAGCCAAUCAGAAAACAGCAGAGAAAGGAAGCAGAAGGAAAAACCGACCAAACAGACCCAUGGCAAAGCGGAAUGUCAGGGGGCUCAGGCAAUUAGUCCCUCUCCCUGUGGUGUGGAGAAAGACCUCCUAUGUGGCGAGAAGGCCUCAGUGGGACCCGCUCUAACCCCCCAGCAAUUCCGGGUUGUGUGUGACAAUAUGCUACAGGGCCUGGGGAGGUACCUGCGCUGUUUGGGAGUGGAUGUGGUCAUGCUGAAGAAUACCGACGAUCACAGAGAGGCAGCAAAGUUAGCCCAAAUCGAAGGACGCAUCAUUCUCACAUGUGGACAGCCAUACCAGAGUUUGCGGUCCCAGGUGGGUGAGGGUCGCUGUCUGUCCCUAGACUGUUCCGAAAAGGCGAGGGACCAAGCAACCCGUGUCCUCAGAUAUUUCAACGUCCAGCCGACCCUCCACGACAUAUUCAGCCGCUGUCAGGCUUGUAACAAUGAUCAGUACAUGGCGCUGCCCAGAGAGGACAUGACCAGGAUGCUUAGGCAGAGAGGCUUUAUUAAGGACCAAGACACUGAAAACACAGAGUUUACGUCUCAUCAGGAGGAAGAGGAGGAUCCUGGUGACUUUCUGACCUCUAGUGUGGCCUCUGAAGCCCCCAGGUACGCCCCUAAAUGUCGCUGGGCUCCCCUGUCAGUGCUGGACCUUGACACUCUCACCUUUCCUGGCGGGGCGUCCAUACAGCUCCACACUGUGCCACCCGGCCUCCUGCCAAGGAUAUCCGUCUUCUACAUCUGCACCAGCUGUGGCAAGGUGUUCUGGGAAGGCACCCAUUUUGACCGUGUCCUCACACAGUUUCAAGAAGUGUUGCAUAUAAAUGAUGAGGACUCUUCUUCAGACACGGCGGCCAUCAAAGGAGCUCAGCAGUGCUGAACGAGAGCUGCCACGUUUCAUCAAACCCUCAAAAAGCCUGUCAGUGAUUGUUUUCACAUUGCCUUAUGUUGCACACUAAUUACAAUUUGCUUGUUUCAGGGUCAUUUAUGUGAUGAAACAAUGAGGGACGCAUAAAGACUAUAAAUGUGGGGUUUAAGUUUGAGUCCUGAUGUCCUUCGUGACAACAGUUAAUGGGUUACCAUGUCAUUUUUGUAUCGCCCAGACUGAUCUGAUGGACACUGUGGAUUUACCACCAUCAGAGGUUCUCUGCUGCAUCCAUGGAGAUUUUCUCCUGAACGCUCCUGAGACCACAAUCACUGACUGAAUCUUUCAGUAUUUGAUAUGGACAGGGGUUGUGUUUAGGCUAUGCCUAGCGAUUUCUGUUGCCAUGGCGACAGCAUUGCCUUAAUUGUGCUGAAAGCUAUACCCACACAGAAAUAUACACACAUUAUGGUAUAACAUGCAUACAUUGAGUGUGUGUUUGUCUACCUGAAUGAGUAGAAUGUAAAUGAAUUCACCUUGUUUUCAGUUAACAUGUUGAAAUGUAUUGCAGACUUAAACAUGUACAUUUUGGGGGAAAUUUUCCUCUUCUCACCUUUUUGGUAAGAUAUAAGUCAGCGAAAACUCCUAGGUGUUAAAAAAAAAA